CCGGGGCUCAGGUGUCCCCUGCGCGUCCGCCGUGCGUGUCCCUGGAGCCCACUGCGCCCCGCUGGCCGCGGUCGCUCCCCCGCGCCGCCAGGGGGCGGUGGAGGCGCCGCCAGGGGCCCCCGUUGCUAUAGGGACGUCGCCGCCAUGGCCGCCGCCGCCGGGCCGGCGCCGCUGCUGCCCGCCGAGGCCGAGGCGCUGGUGCGGGCGCUGCGGGGCACCGAGCUGCGGGACAUCGGCGGGCAGGGAUGGCUUUCGCAGCACGAGUGUGUGGAGAAGCUCAACAUGCACGCCAUCCUGAGUGCCUCCAUGGGUCAGGAGCAGCUCCUCACUGAGCUGCUGGUCACCUACGCCAAGAUUCCUGUUCUCAUUGGGGAGCUGAUUUCUGUGGAGAUCUGGAAACACAAGAUCUUUCCUGUGCUGUGCCGGCUGGAGGACUUCAAGCCAAGAAAUACCUUCCCCAUCUAUGUGGUGCUGCAUCAUGAAGCCUCCAUCAUUAACCUCUUGGAGACAGUGUUUUUUUACAAGGAGAUCUGUGAGUCAGCAGAGGACAGCAUUCUGGAUUUAAUUGAUUAUUGCCACCGAAAACUGACCCUGCUCGCAGCUCAGAGCACCAAUGGACAGACAGCAACCCCGGUGGAGCUGCAUCCUGAGGAUCUGGCCAGCCCCUCAUCUAUGAAGGAGCUGCAGAAGCAGGCAGAGAUGAUGGAGUUUGAGAUUUCCCUGAAAGCCCUGUCUGUGCUGCGAUUCAUCACCGAUCAGGUAGAGAGUCUGCCCCUGAGUGCACUGACACGAAUGCUGAACACCCACAACCUGCCCUGCCUCCUUGUCGAGCUGGUGGAGCAUUGCCCCUGGAGCUGCCGGGAAGCAGGCAAGCUCAAGAAGUUUGAGAAUGGUGCAUGGCACGUGAUGCCCCCUGAAGACCAGGUGAAGAUGACGAAACUCGAUGGGCAGGUGUGGCUUGCCCUGCUCAACCUCCUGCUGAGCCCUGAAUGCCAGCGCAAAUACCACUUUGAUGGCUUCAACAAGAGCCAGCUCCUCAAGCUCCGUGCAUUCCUGACGGACAUCCUCAUUGACCAGCUGCCCAGCCUGGUGGAGAUGCAGAGAUUUCUGAGCCACCUUGCAAUGACAGAGCCAGCUCCCCCCAAAAAGGACCUCAUCCUGGAGCAGGUUCCCAUCAUCUGGGACUAUAUCCUCAAGAAAAACACUGGGAAGUGGGAGGCCAUUGCCAAGCACCAGGUGAAGCAUGUCUUCAGUCCCACUGAGGAGGAGCUGAAGCUUCAGGCACGCAGGUGGGCACAGACCUACAGCCUGGACAUGAUGGAAGCUCUAGCCCCUGACAAACCCUGCUGUAGGGUGUGUGGUGCAGAGGCAGCCAAACGGUGCUCUCGCUGCCAGAACGAGUGGUACUGCACACGGGCGUGCCAGGUCCAGCACUGGCAGAAGCACAAGGUUGCCUGCAACCUGAUGGCCGGGGUGCUGAGGAGUGUGGAUGACCUGUAAGAGGAGCGGUGAUUGGCACGUGGCCCGUGGCUUGGCAAGGCUCCCCGCUGCAUACAGCCCAGUGACCGGAGGGGAGAAGCCAGCAAAGGCCCCCUCUGCCUGCUCCCAGCCCUGGGCAGCACUGGCUGAGCUUGGUCUUUCCUCUACCGCCACCCCAUUGUGCAGCUUUCAUCAAUAAACCUCCUUCUGCACCCUG